GAGGGUACUUUUGUAAUAACUUUUCCUUUAGAUGGUUCUCUUGUAACUUCUCUCUCUCCUCUAGUCUAUAUAAAGAGGAGUUAGGGCAGAUUUCGAGGUUAAUCAAACAUUAUUCUUUCUAAUCUUAUCAUGGUAUCAGAGCAGCAGCCGUCUCCUCCUCCUUGGCGCGCCGAUUGAGCGGCGCCGCCCGCCGCCUGACCGCGCCCAUCGCUGCGCUUCCUCCGCCCGCUCGUGUCCACCUAUCUCCGCCCGUCGCUGACCUCUCCACCCAACGCCUCCGCCAGUCGCUGUCCUGACCUCUCCGCCCGACGCCUCCGCCCGUCGCUGUCUUCUCCGCCCGACGCCUCCGUCAGCCGUUGCAGUCAUCUUCGCCGCUGCCCGCCGUGGCUAUCAUUUCCGCCCGCCGCCGCCGUCCGUCGCUGUUACUUCUCCGCUGCUGCUGAAUCGCCGCUGCACAUCGCCUCUGCUGUCUCCACCACUCUCCUCUGCUCCGCCGCUGCUCUGCACGCUGAUUUUCCUCUCAGCGUCUUUGCUGUCGUCUCUGGUAUCUCUCUUCGUUCAGUUCUGUUGUUGCCUCUUCCAGCCGAUCAGACUUAUGGAUUGCUGCCUGCGUUAACUGCUUCAUGAUCAGCAUGUUGUCUUUCGAUAUGUGAUUGUCUUCUUUUUGCCUGCACUUCCUAUUUCGUGGCUCGGUUUCCUCCAUUGUGUUGAGCGAUGUCUGAAAUUAGCAGCGGCGCUAAUACCUCUUCCUUUGUGUCGUCGGGAGAGAUGAAGAGUUCCCCAUUUUCCAGCUUUAUCACCAAAAUGGAUGGGGGUAAUUACGAGAUGUGGGCCAUGCAAGUAAAAAGAACCUUGAUCGCUCAUGAGAAGGAACAUCUUAUAUUGGAGCCCGAGCCCGUACAGAAGGUAGGAAAAUAUACUACUUGGUUUAAAGAUAAUUCGUUGGUUAUGGUAUGGAUUGUUGGUACUUUUACUCAAGACAUUGCCAAUGAAGUCCUGCAUAAGGAAAGUGCAAAGGAUAUGUGGGAUUCCCUUGCAGCCACCUGUUCACAAGCAAGGAAUGAAACAAGAAUUAUGCAGCUUCAUCAUGAUAUUCAUCAGAUGCGCCAAGAUGGUCGCCCUCUACAUACUUAUUAUUCUAGUCUCAAGUCCAUGUUUGAGAGACUAAACAGCUACUUUCCUGCAUGUAAGUGUGAACAACAGAAGGCAUACAGAGAUAUGCUUAUGGUCGGAGUAUUUCUGUCUGGAUUAGACUCUGUUUAUGAAUCAGCAAAGAAUCAGAUGCUCACUAGUCCCUCGAUUCCUCCUAUUGAUGAAGCUUAUAGUAGGCUAAGCAGAAUUCCAAUUCCUUCAUCGACUGUUCUUGAUACCACUUCUGCUAUGCUUGCUACUCGUGGCAGAGGUGGGUCCCUCUUUGCCAGAGGACGAGGAUACCGUGGCCGUGGCAAUACCCCUUCGCGCCCAGUAUGUCAGUUUUGUCAUCGCAUUGGUCACACUGUGGAUAAGUGUUGGCAGAAACAUGGUCGUCCAGCUGUUGUCAAUCAGACUGUAUUUACUGAUUCUCCAGAGCAGCCUAAGACUCAGCAUACUGUUUCCUCCAGUGAGUUACGUGCAGAUGAUAUUAUCUCUCAGUUGAGACACUUGAUUGGAGAUAGACCUCAACAAGCUCCUGAUCCGACCACCUCUACUAUCACUACUGCUGCCAGUGCAUCUUCAUCUGGAUAUACUGACGGGCAGGGUGAUUGGCAGUGGCCGUGAACAGGGAGGUCUUUACAGGCUAGUGCAUCCCUUUCCCUUUGCUGGGUCUACCUCUGCAGGGUCAUCCUCA